GUUGCUUGUAGCGAACGUAGCGAGCGAGUAUUUUACGAAGUUGACAACUACUAGCAACUGCAGCACCGAACGACGAUGACUGGUUGCGGACUGGCUACGGUUGGUUCACUCACCGACUGACUGUGUUGUGUUGAUUGACAGAGGCCAUCUUUCGACGAAGUGAGACGUAUUUUUUGUGUUUCUCGUACGGAAUUGCGUGAAUAGUCUGUAAAAGAUUUUUGUCCCUUUAAGACUAAUUGGUGGCCCGUUGCCAUCGGAUUUUCCGGUGUUUCGAAGACGAAAAUUUCGGAAAAUAUCCUACGACUGGUUAAAGUGCACGUUUCAGUUUGCAGCGAGUGUAAUUUUUUUUUGUGAAAUUCGAAAUUUAUCGGUCCGUUGUGUGUGUAGUGCAUUGUGCAGUGUGUGUGCACCAAAUCAACGACAAAAGCGAAUGAGCGAAAAAUAAGAAAAAUAUACUUUGGAGUACGACGAAGAAGCAAAAAGUGGAUUUCUUUUGCGGUUUGCGUUUUUAUUCGGUACUCUUGUGAUUGGAAUUUGGUUCGUUUUUACCUAGGCGUUUACUCUGUACUUAUGUGUUUUAUUUUAAAUUUCUUUUCGGAUUUUCCUGUUGUGAAGCAGUGUAUAGUGGCCUGAAAGUUUUCCUUUUCAAUCAAAUUGCGUAGUUUUUUGUGUUAUGUGUGAGCUGAUUUGGCUUCGAAAAGUAGAGAGAGAGAGUGCAUAAAUAACAGCGAAGAAAGCCGAUGUCAACAAUAGGUUGGCAAGACAGAUAAAAUCACUGGAAGGCUCUGGCGGCAUACGUGAAGUGUGCCGUUUUCCGGUAAACCAGUAGUGAACGCUCGGUUGCUACCACGGAUUGGCGGACAGGGCAACGGGGUCUUCUCCGAAUAACCAAGGGCAACCACGACAAAAACAACCCACUGCAGUGUGCGGACCAGCAGCGAAGUACAACCAAUUUCCGGAGGGGUGCGUCCAAAAGCCAAUGUUUAAAUGGACGCAACAUCCAUCAUUACGCAGGUUUCGCGCGAUGACGAGCAGCAACUCAACAGCAGCUAUCCAGGUGAAAAAGCAAACAAUGUAGAUAGGCUAAAACCACACAGGCGAGGCUUCUUCGAGACCAUAUUCUGCUGCUGGCGGACAGCGCGGACGAAAAGCAAUCAGAAUGGUACCCCCAUCGAUGGUUCGAUUACGCCCCCGCCAAUCCAGGGCCAGCCCCGGUACCUGCUGCCACAGAUUCGACACGCCGACAUGCACAAAAAGUGCAUGGUGAUAGACUUAGAUGAAACUCUAGUGCAUAGCAGUUUUAAGCCAAUUCCAAACGCGGAUUUCGUAGUGCCAGUUGAAAUCGACGGUACCGUGCAUCAGGUGUACGUCCUGAAGCGGCCGCACGUCGAUGAGUUCCUGAAAAAAAUGGGCGAACUGUACGAGUGUGUACUGUUCACGGCAUCCCUGGCCAAGUAUGCCGACCCGGUGGCGGACCUGUUGGAUCAGUGGAACGUGUUUCGGGCGCGAUUAUUUCGGGAGUCCUGCGUCUAUCAUAUGGGCAACUAUGUGAAGGAUCUAAACAAACUAGGGAGAGAUUUACAAAAAAUAGUUAUUGUUGACAAUUCACCUGCUAGUUAUAUUUUCCAUCCGGAUAACGCUGUGCCAGUAAAAUCGUGGUUCGACGACGUAAACGACUCGGAACUUCUAGAUUUAAUACCGCUGUUCGAAAAGCUAAGUAAAGUGGACUCUGUAUAUACUGUAUUAUGUAACUCCAGCUCACCGCAACAGCUGGCUUCGCUGUCGCAACAGCAGCUGAUCCCCCAGCAGCAAGCAUCCUCCCAGAACCAACAGCAGCAGUUGAGCUCGUCCGAUGUUAACAACACGUAACAUUGGCAGCAUCUGUUUAUCAACAUUGUAUGAUUAAUUUAAAACAGUUUUUAUGAGUUGAUUAAUUUUCGUUUUUUAAUCGUUUUAAAUUAACUAAAAUUUAGUUCAACGAUAGGCUCAUAACACCUUAAAUCAAGUGGAAAGCAAACCGGGCAAAAAAGCGACAGCAGAGAAUGUACUAAAAAGAAUAUACACAACAACAGAAUAAUGUAACAAAAUCUUACCCAAACAUUUAUAGGCAAACAGCGAAAAUCGAAUCGGAAAGCUAAUUUAUAUACCACGCAGAUAGUUGUAUAUAAGUUUAAAACAAACAUUUAGUUAUUUAUAAUUAUAUGGAAAAUGAUUGUGUCGCGAUUAUAAAAUUUAUACAUAUAUGCAUGUGAAUGAAAAUACGCUUUCAAAUAAUGAGUACAUUUUUAUACUAUGGCGAAAAAUCAGCGAGAAGAAAAAAAUUUGCAUCAUUUCUACUGUUUUGAUCCGAUUGACUAAUCCCGAGCUAACUAAAAGAUUGCAUUGAACGUCACUGUAGUAUGUAGCGCAAAGGAAAAACAGAGACCACAGUGAGUGAGUGUGAAACACACAGGAAAAGAGGAUCGGUUAGUGUUAGGAAUCAAUGUAUAUCACCGUACAUAUCACCACUAAAAAAAAGUAGAUACGAAGCAUAAUCAAAGUGGCGAUUCGGACCGUCAAUCGCCGCCCGGGGACGGGUGGUUACCACCACCUGUUUACUGUCUGUGGUGUGACCAAACUAAUUGCAAUGCAAGACUGGACCAAGAACGGGGGCAGUGACGUUGAACACGAAGCACUUAUUUUACGUAGCUUUGCUGAGCUGGCAUUUUUGGUUUUCGGUAAAGUUGACAUAACCUAGAAGAUGAAUAAAAAAUGAAAUAUUGGGGAAUCUACCGAGACGCGCUCAGGAAUAAAGGGAACCUAGAAGGGACAACCACUCCGAGAAGUAUACCUCUAGUGCUGUGUGAUAAACUUAUUAUUGAAUAUCAAUUGUAUUGCACAAUGGUAUGCGCUACACGGAACAAUAUUUUUGACGGGUCACACAUUUGAAUAUGGAGGUACUUACAUACUGAUCAAAAUUUAUGUACAGUAGAAAGCGCCUUCUUUGAACUGAAGCUAAUGCAGUUGCUUGGUUAUCUAUAAUUAGCGUGAUAAAAUAAAGAAUUGCUUACUAUAAAGUUUUAAAUUCUGAUCACUCUGAGUUUUUUGGGAAUUGGAUUUGAUAUAUUUGCGUCCCUAAGUGCUUGAUGCAAUUUAUUAUAAAAUUAAAAGUCGCUUUUAGUUUUUGACCAUUAAAAUUAUAAACGUCUUAAGGUGGAACAUAUUUUUAAAUCAGUGUUGCAAAAAAUUUCAAUUCUGUUUCAUAUAUGAAAUGUACUAAUAAUUUUGUUUUUUUUUCAAAAAAAUUAAACCACGUUUUAUGUCUGAUUGUUUGUGUCACCUUUAAUUUUAAAAUAAGUUAGUCUUGUGAAAUAAUAUGUUCACAAACACGGGGUUUAGAAGAGGAUCACAACAGAAACAUUUUUAUUUUGGAAAAAAAAUCGACCGGAUGAACACGUAGGCAUAAUAAUCAAAACUAAGUGAAUUGAUGUAAAAUCUCGUACUAACUACAGCUAUCACUCUACUAAAUUACUACCUCUAAAGUUGCAAAAAACACGUAAAAUUAUAAAACAAAAUAAAAACGACUUCUUUCACAUGCUUGUUUCACUACAAAGAUCAAUUUUACCGGAUGGUCCAACUUUUGCCCAAAGAGUACCGGAGCUCGAUCUAUAAUAAAAGCACCCUACUAAUACACGUUCGAAAUAUAAACGAACACAGCCGAUAAAGUUUUCUUUUUUUUGUUUCUAAGAAAGCAAAAAAAACUAGAAGCACGAUUGACUGGCUUCAAUCGCUACAUUUUCUGAAUGCCAUCAAAAAUCAAAUAUAGUUAUUGCAUUUACCCGCGAACGAUAGAAGUAACAGGAGAGUCUUUGCGCCGGAAUUGAGCAUCGAUAUAAUAGAAGAAGGUAAAGAUAAAAUCCGGACCACAUGCGAACAGCUCAUUGUUGCGCACCCUUUUUUUGAUACUAAACACAUCAGUAUGAUGCCGCGAAACAAUAACCUAUUGCGAAACAGGCUGAAGCUGGUACCAAUCCACACCCAAUAAUACUUAAAAAAAAACACACGCCACUAGACAAAUUGAGAGACAGAGGAAGAGAGUUGCGUAGAACUCUAGCAUAGUUUUUGUACUUGUGAGUAAAACUUUGUACCCCGCCAGGAAUUGUACGCUGAUCGAAUUUUAGUAUUCAUCCUUAUCACCAGCUGCAGUAAUAAAACUGCGCCACGUGCGCGGGCAUAAGCGAGAAACAAAUGGAUUAUUAAAGUAUAUAUUUUUAUAUACCGUCAACAAACUUCAAAGUAAAAUAUGAUGAGCUAGGAAAAUGAAUAAAAUAAUGCAUCAAUAAACUAAUGCAGUACUUGAUAAGAUAAAUUAUACAAACAUGUAAAAAACAUACACACAUUUAGUGUAUUUUAUGGUAAAAAUAAUUGAAACAAAUUAUAAUGGUAUAAUUUGUACGAAUGCUAAUAAAUCCGAAAUAAAUGUAUCACACACACAGCGCGAACAUACACCCACACAUACCUACACACUUUGGAUUUGCGCUCGAUAAGUGUGUGUGUGUAUAGAGCGGAAAAGCGAACAAUACAUUUUGUAUGCAACUUUCUAUAGCAUGAACGAGCCGAGACUGUGUAAUGGAACAAGAGACAAAAAAAUCAGUAGUAAUAAAUAAAGUCAUGGAACAAAUUUUCAUAAAAAAAAUGUGAGAAAAAAACCUUGUUCUAGUGUAUUUUAUUUUCAAUGUGACAUUGUUUGUUUGUGUGUGAUCGAACGAAUGCUAUACGAGUUGAAAGAAUGGAAUACAACAACAGAAAGCAAUCACAUUUGUAUAGUGAAACAAAAAGAUGAAAAAAAGGAACCGUUAUUAUUUGUUUGUUUGUUAGUUCUUAGAUUCGAUUAUUGUCAAACUAAUUUUAGUCAUUUAACUUUAGUUCUACUGUCAACGGAGAGUAUUCGAUAGACGAGAAAUUUGCACAAAGUGUAACUCUUAACGAAAUCUGAAUUUGACGCAUAAAACAGAAAUUAAAAUUGGCACGACAAAAAAAAAGCCCAAAACGUUUUCAGUACUAGUUUCAAUAUCUAGUUUUUUUGACUACUGUAAUCUUCUUAGUAAAAUUACGGAAAAAGGAACAAUAAAUUAAAAAAGAUUAUUUUCACCACAUUUAAGAGCUUAUGUUAAGUAGCCAAAAUAUGGAAGAAAAAAUAACUGGAGCUAAAUUUACAAAGGACACGCCUUGGGUCGUUUCCAAGGCAAAACUUAUCAUCCCUUCUACUUUAUUCUGCAGUAAUUAAACCUUUUCGUCAUCGAUUUUUUCUUUCCUUCUUUCGCAAAUCAGUUUAACAACGGAAAGCUAAUCAAAAUUUUGUUUUGGUAUAUUAUGUAUAUUUUUCUUCUGUUGGUAGGUUGAAAUAAAUACAAUUAGGAAUAAAAGCCGUAAGUUGUGCACACGAAGAACAAAGCGGUAAAACAGAAAUGCAGAGAAUCAAACAAUAUAUUUUAUUUUAUUUUAUUAAAGCAUUUAUGUAUUUAGGGCACAACUGAAGGCAAGAAA